UUCAUCCCUGGUGUCUCUCAUGUUAGGAGGUUGAGAGAGAGAGAGAAAGUAGAGGAGAGCGAGAAGUAGAAGUAGUAACUCCAGUACCAGAGACAGAUACAAAAGGGGACAUCACACCACCCCCUCAGCCAAAGCGCAAGCAUUCCCAACGCAGCAACACAACGCAAGGCCGUCCGGCCGGCCGGCCUCCCAAGAACUCCAAGAACCUUCCUUCGCCUCCGAUCCUCAUCCCCUUCCCGUCCCACCAAUCCGACGACCUAGGCCUUUGUGCGCGCGCGCGUCCGAUCGGGGCGCGCUGGUGGCGGGGAGAUGGAGGCGGGCUCGGCUGCGUCGCCGGACCUCUCGCUGCACAUCAGCCUGCCCAGCACCGGCCCGCCGACGGGCCCGGGGGGCGGCGUCGGCGGGCGCGGCCCGGCGGGGGGCGGAGGCGGGGAUCCAUGGAGGAGGCUCAACGGGUCCACGGCGUCCACGGAGCUGUCCUUGUCUCCGCCCGCCGACCUGGAGGGCGCGGCGCUGCCGUGGCGGCACAGGCCGUCGUCGUCCGCUGCGGUGCCCUCGGCCGCCACGACAUCCGCCCAGGCCGCGCUGAUGGCCAUGCCGAUGCUGCAGCCGCUGGACGCGGGUGUCGGCGGCGCGUCGGCGGCGCCGCCAAUCCGGGGGAUACCUAUCUACAACGGUGGCGGGGGCUUCCCGUUCCUGCCGCCGGCGCCCGGGGGAGGAGAAGGACACCAUCACCCGAAGGUCGGGUUCUACAGCUACCACCAUCCGGCGACGUGGCCCUCCUCCCUGGGAUCGACGUCGCCGUCAUCCCUCGGGCCGGGGCCGGCGCCACCCGCGAAUUCCUUCGACCCAACGGCGGCCUUCCUGUCCUCCGCCGCGCACCAUCGGAUGCUGUCGGCGUCCGGAAGGCUAAACGGCAUGCUCUCGGACACCCUCCGCAGCUACGGCGCCCCAGGCGGCGGCGUCGGCAUGGGUCUGGGCGGACACCAUCAUCAUCUCCACGGCGCGCAGCCCUUCGGGCUGGGGUCCCGGUUCAUGCCCAAGCUCCCCGCCAAGCGCAGCAUGCGCGCGCCCCGCAUGCGCUGGACCAGCACCCUCCACGCCCGCUUCGUCCACGCCGUCGAGCUCCUCGGCGGCCACGAGAGGGCGACGCCCAAGUCAGUCCUAGAGCUCAUGGACGUGAAGGAUCUGACGCUAGCGCAUGUCAAGAGCCAUCUCCAGAUGUAUCGCACCGUCAAGAGCACUGACAAGCCUGCGGCCUCAGGCCCGACCGACGGCGGCUCCGGCGACGACGACUUCCCCAGCGCCGGUCAGGCCGGGUCGGGUGGCGACAACAUGUGCCCGAGGCCGUUCCCGGAGCACCGGUCCACCUCCGAGGGCGCGGCGAGCUCCGUCGGUGGCGAUAUGGACCAGUCCUCGGCAGGGAACGCCAGCACCAGGUGGAGCAACUCCUCAAGUGGUACAGGCUUGCCCGGUUGUAGCAAGCACUUCGAGAGACCUACUUUUACUAUUUGGGACCCAUGGCUGUCAUCUAAUUCUUGCAACAUGGAUGCUCAUCGCUCCAUUGGACUGUCUUCUCCCAUGGAGAACAUGGAGCCCUGCAGAUCCACCGGCUCGCAAGUGUCGAACCACGAGCUGAGCAGCCCGAGCCUGGAGUUCACUCUGGGGAGACCGGACUGGCAUGGCCCGGAUCAUGACUAGCCAUUGAGUCAUGAGACAAGAAAAACCUAGCAACGCUAAUUUUCGGUCCAAGAUAGUACACCGGUACUGAUCAUCUCUUUUAGUUGAGUUUGCCCCGGCCCCAAGUCCCUCCCUCCGCUUCCGGGAAGAGAUCGACGGCAACUUCAGAUAUAUCGCUUCGCCGGAGAAAGGAGGAGCACCCAGCAUGGCCGGGAAAGGCUAUAUAUAUACCGGAUUGAUAUCUGUUAGUUUAAAUUUGAGGUUUCUUUCUUCUUGAUUCCUAUAUAUGUUUUGCCGUCCCAUGCAUAUGCAUUCUACUCUUUCUGUACCAUAAUAUUUGUUGUUGGGGAGAACUAGAUUAGUUCUCCCAACAACAAGUAUUUAGGAACGGAGGGAGUAGCUAGCUAGCUUGAUAGUAGUUUUAUCAUCUUCUCCGGCCCUCUUUGGUUAGUUGUGUUCAUUCCAUUCUUGUGUGGCGAGAUUAUAACUGCCCGGCGUGUGUGAGUGACUGAGUGGUCGGUGUGACCGUGGCGUUGGUGCAAGUGUAGUGUGUGAAAGGAGGUGAGCACAUGGAAAGUUGGAAAGGCGGCCAACAAGAGAGGGAAAAAAGGAAUGAGUUGUGGUGAAGCAAAGCAAUGUAUGCCAAGCAAAGAGAUGGCGAGAUUGGUGGUGUGCAUGACGAUCGACGGAAUGAUUUGAUCAACGAUCCCUUUUGCGCA